AUGAUUUCGGUUGUGAGAAUACCAAUAGUAGACAUUAAGAAGAUAACAAAGAGGAAGGUGCUAGGGAUAUUUAACUCAGCUAUGGAGAUCUUAACCAUUGAUUAAAAUUUUAACUUUUGCUCUUUCCAAGAUAGAGAUACUGCUUACGAUAGAAUAUUUGCCCUCUGGAAGGUCUCAUCUCCAUAUGCUAAAACUAAUUGGAUUGAGGAAGAUGCUGAUAAUCCUUUUAUCGAGAGUGAUAAUAAGCCGAUAAAAAAGAGUUCUAUUGAGUCCCCAAAUGAUCCAAAAUCCUAAACUUAAAAAUUACCUAGGAAACAGGAUUUGAAUAUUGUGAAAGAAGGUAACAAUUACAUCAUGACCACCUAAGAUUAGAAAAAUAGGAAGUCACUGCAACGAAAUCCACAACAGACUGUUGUCCAUUCUUAAAAGUUAUGGCACGCUCAGAAUCUUAAUGGGCGUAAGUCCAUGGUCGAGCAUGAUAAGAAUUCGAUAAAAAGUGAAGAUUUCCUUGAUAAGAACUAAAUUGUUCUUGAACCUAAUCAUAUCCUUAAUACUGAGACAAGAAAAGACGAGGCUCUAGUUGAUAAUAAAAGUGACAAUCUAGCAAGCCUCAAUAAGAAUUAGGUUGUGGUUGAAAACGCGAGAAGAAUCUCUCACGUGAAGAGAACGAUGUCUGUUAAGAUAACUGAUUUUCAGCAUUCAUUAGGAGAUGAAAGAUAUUUUACUGAUUUCUAGAAUGAAGAUGAUCAAUUUUAAAACUUAGAGAGAAUUGAAUAUAGCCACCAUGCUUAAUCCUUUGCUAUUGAUCAUAUCAGUCAAGAAAACGGUGUCUAGUUUGAUACUGGUAGCUAGGAGAAGCAGAUCAUGGUCAGUUCUCCAUCUUUGGAUGAUCAGAUAAUUGUUUAGAAAGAAUAUACAGACGAGGAAAUGAUGGCUUAUCUAGAAAAGCAGAUGCCACCAGAAAAUACUUAGUAUUUAUUUGACUUGGGAGUCAAGGUUUUCCCAGUCACGUUGGAUGAGUUUUAUGACCUUUUCCUUAAGAAAGAUGGACCGAUGAGCAUGCAGGCUUACCUCAACAUAAAAAAAUUCAAGGAUAUUGUUAUAGAAGAUGUCAAGACUGAUACCUUACCAAAAAAAGAGGGAGAGACUCAAGAGCAAUUUAUUAUUACUCUGACCUUGCCCGUUGCAGGUAUACCUUUUAUAAAGGCAACGAAAUUAGUAAAGAAUUUCAGACUAACUAGAUAUGGAAACUAAAAGAUUUUUGUCAAUAUGGAGAAUAGGACACCAGAUGUACCCUAUGGUGAUCAUUUUUAUCAAGAAGAGAGAUGGACUGUUCUCUCGCCAUUUGAAGGUUCAAAGAAAGUUAUCUUAAAAUGCCAAAAUUAGACCUUCUUUGUGAAGAAUACUAUCUUCAAAACUAAAAUUUACAGUAGAUCAGAGACUGACAUCAAGCAGUACUUUGUUGAUCUGAUGAAAAUAUAUGAUCAAUCUGGCAUCUUAAGCCCUGAAAAACUCUAAGAAUACAGAAACUAAAGAAAGGCUAAUAUGAUUUAAAAAGCCAUUGAUAAAAAUCUUGAUUAGAACCUAGAAUCAGACGAAGUAAAUAUCUCUCCUAACAAAUUAAAUGAAUUAAAUGAUAUUGUUCCUGAUCUUCAUGUUGCAGAGUUAAAAGAAGUAAGAAAUGAACUAAUUCUAGUUCAAGAUAAAUUAAAUUCAAAUAAUAAGUAGCAAGCAUAGCUUGAUCUCAUGAACUUAUAAUCUGGAAACUAAGACCUUAACAAUCAGAAACCUAUCGAAAUGAUCCAUAAAAUUAUAGAAUUUAAAUUUGAAAAAAUACUGAUCCUUUUGCUGCUCUUGAUUAUCGUUAUCCUUUCAAUCUUGGUCUAUCUUCAGUAUACAGAGAUAAAGGCUAUAAGAACAGAUCUAGAUAUUUUGAUUUAAAUUAUGAAGAAUUAAAACAAUGCUAAAGUGAGUGGUGAUAUUAAUCAAACUGUACAAGUAACAAGUUAAAUAAUAAAUACAGAUUUGUGA